UUAUGUAAUAUAGUCAUGUAUUAUAUCAUCAUGUGUCUAUUGAUAUGUUAUAUGUAUAUUGACGCACUGUAUACAUUGCACGCUGUGUAUUCACACGCUGUAUACUUGCACGCUGCAUAUCGACGCGUCGUAUACUGGCGCGUCCUAUAUAGACACGUUGCACAGUCACACGCUGUAUAAUCGCACAAUAUAGUAUUCUUCGUUUAAUUGUUACUGAAACUAAAAAAUUUAAUAUAGCCCUCAAACUAAACUACAAUUAAAAUUCUAUAAAGAACUUUCCCAAAAUGCACACCUAAUAUCUAAAAUAAAAAACUGCAAAGAGAAGAACUCCCGCUAGAAUAAACCUUGAAUGAACGAACCUUGAAAAACCAGUACAAAUUAGCAGAAGUACAAUAACAAAGCGUCAAAAAAGAAAAUACAAGCAACACAGAAAGAACGGGAAAAGAUGGCAGUAUAUUGCACUCGUAUCACAGAUUAAACAUUAAUUCUCUGGUCAACACGCUAAACAAGCAUCGCAUGAGUCGAUUGUUUACACGAAGGGGAAGCACAAAGGUGCGCUUUACUCUGGAAAUCACCGAACGAUCGAUCGCAUCGCUCCAAGACAGUAAUUAACAUCGUGUUCGUACAUUGGUCCCGUAGAUAAUGAAAUGCACGACGACGAAACGGUUUCGACGUGUGCGUGUCGCGUAACGUCGGACGCUUACGUUUAUAUAAUGCCACGGCCGGGAAAGUGAGACCAUUGAAUCGUCGACUGUCAAAGAGACACGCGUUCCACGUACGACAACAUGAAGUUCUACCUGUCUCUUCUUCUCGUCGUCCUCGUGGCCAUUCCUCGACAUCCAACAGCUGCAAACAACGUGUGUCCACAAGAAAACUGUCUGGAUUCAUCGAAAUGUGAGUCCGUGGUGACUGGAGGAACGUGUCCACAGUCUACAGACACGUGCUGCAGCAUCGUUAAAAUGGAGCACAGAACGCACUGUCGUCACUUCGCAGGCGAGUGCAUGGACCGCUGCGCCGUGGCUUUGCAAAACCCAGUGGACGACUGUCCAAGUGACAAAGUCUGCUGCACGUUAGUCUAAACGACCAAAGAUAUCAGUCACAAAUGAGGAUAGAAUGAUAGAAAGGCUGUAUAUCCGUUUUUGUAGCAUUAAGGCAAACGAUUAGUUUACGACGUAGACUGCAACAUGUUCGAUCGCAGCAUGCAUCGUAGUUUUCUAUGUACUGAUACCAACCCAUGAGUUCGCGCGUGGAGUCAGAGAAACUUCUAUUGGUUCUCUUUAUUAUACAAGCUAGAGACAACUCUCAUUUAUUAUACAAGCUUGAGAAACAACUCCUCUCAUUUUAUUUGAUGCAAAGUCAAAAAGCUAUGUCUUCUGUAAAAACUUCUAGUGUUACAUUUCGGUCAAUUAAAGUAAUAAUUGCAAUAACAGCUGCUGGAGGCUAUUCGCGCUAUCUCACAAAGUUUCACUCUAUCUCACUUGUCAAAAUUUGUCGACUAUCAUUUUCUUUUUUGAUCUAAUUGGUGCGUGACCACAAGAACCAAUAUCAGAAAUACCUCUGAGGCGUCCAUUUUCUAUUCUGACCACUUUGAGGCUCCUCUAAAUCCUCUUCACGCGCCAACUCAAGGGUUGACAUCGAUACACGAACGAUAGAAAAGUUGCUUAAUUGGUUUUACAAUUACAACGGAAACGGCUGUUCGAGUACCCGUAUAGCGAAUGAAAAAUCGUACCCGCCUGAAGAUAAUUGCACGAGGACCUGUCACGGAUGUGGGACUCGUAAAAAUUGCUACCCAAUGUAACAUCGUUAUUCGCAUAAACGGUUCCGUGAAUCGACACCAUCAUUGCGUGCGUUUAUUAUUGUGCGGCGACAAACGAGCAGAUUUGUAUGCACAAGUAAUUACAAUGGUCAAUGAUUAAAUGGGUAUUUUUAAUAAAAUAUUUUGUUUUAUGUGAAA